CAUGAUAUUGUCAAUAGUCUAAUUAUGGCACUUUUUAAGUGGGUUUGACGAGCACUUUGAGCUAGGCAAACUGACUGCUUGAUUAAUUAGAGAGAAUGGGUGGUCGUCCUCUGCUCUUCUUCAUCUUGAUCUUGAUCUGCCUCAUACUCACUGCUCUUGUUGGCUCAUCAGCAAGCAAUGAGGCGGCUGCUGCUGCUGCUCCUCGUCAUUAUUCGAUUCCAUUCAAUAGAAGUAGCUUCCCAGUUAGUUUCAUCUUUGGAGCUGGUUCUGCUGCUUAUCAGACUGAAGGAGCAGCACAUAUCCAUGGAAAGGGACCAAGCAUAUGGGACACUUUCACUACAAAACAUCGAGAAAAAAUAACUGAUGGUAGCAACGGGGAUGUAGCAGAUGACUUUUACCAUCGUUAUGAGGAAGAUGUGAAAUUGAUGAAAAAAGUCGGUUUAGACUCCUUCAGAUUUUCAAUCUCAUGGUCAAGAUUACUACCUAAGGGAAAAGUCAAAGGUGGAGUGAACCAAGAAGGCGUAAAAUUCUACAACAAUCUGAUAAAUGAGCUCUUGUCGAAUGGAAUAAUACCUUUUGUGACGCUUUUCCACUGGGAUCUACCACAGGCUCUUGAAGAUGAGUAUGGUGGAUUUUUAAAUCAUAAGAUUGUUGGUGAUUUUCAAGAUUAUGCCGAUUUUUGUUUCAAAACAUUUGGUGACCGAGUUAAGCAUUGGAUCACUCUGAACGAGCCAGUUACAUUCUGUGUCAACGGGUACAAUGGUGGAACCAAUGCACCUGGUCGAUGCUCUAACUAUGUCGGAAAUUGCACCGCCGGUAACUCUGCCACAGAGCCUUACAUUGUAGGCCAUCAUCUGCUGCUUGCUCACGCGCACUCUGCAAAUUUAUACAAGAAGAAGUAUCAGGCUUCUCAAAAAGGGCAAAUCGGGAUUUCGGUUGUGACAUACUGGUAUUUAGCAAAAUCGGAAACUGCUGCAAGCAAGAGGGCAGCUUCUAGGUCUCUUGAUUUUGUUUUUGGAUGGUUUGCUCAUCCCGUUACAUUCGGUGACUAUCCUCAAACCAUGAGAGCUUCUGUGGGUGAUCGGUUGCCUAAAUUCAGUAAAGAAGAAACUAAGCUCCUAAAAGGGUCUCUAGAUUUCCUUGGUGUCAAUUACUACACAAGUAGUUAUGCAGAUGUUUCCUCACUCUCCACUAGUAAUGUCAACCAAAGUUUCUUCGGAGACAUGCAUACUUCUCUCUCUACUGAGAAAAAUGGGGUUCCUUUGGGUUCAGCGACUGCUUUGAGCUGGCUUUACAUCUAUCCAAAGGGAAUUCGAGAGCUUAUGCUAUACAUAAAAGAAAAGUACAAUGAUCCCGAGAUUUACAUUACUGAAAAUGGUGUUGGUGAGGCAAAUAAUAGCUCCCAGCCCCUCAACGAUGCCCUCAAGGAUAGUACAAGGAUAAGAUACCAUUCUCUCCAUCUUUCAUAUCUUUUGAAGUCCAUCAAGGAGGGGGUGAAGGUGAGGGGAUACUUCGCAUGGUCAUUUCUUGAUGUUUAUGAAUGGGAUUCAGGCUACACAGUUCGAUUUGGACUCACCUACGUCGAUUACAAGAAUAACUUGAAGAGGUAUCUCAAGUACUCUGCAUACUGGUUCAAGAUGUUCCUCCUCAAAUGAUCCAUCCAUAUAUACCAUUUGUUCCAUUACUCCAUUAGCAACUUGAUAGAUCAUUUUCGAUCCAUCUAUUUCAUAUUGUAUUAACUAAUUGACAGUACUGUUCGAGAAUGAUGGGGGUAUUGAAUAAAGAUUAUCCUUGUGUUAAUUCA